AUGGGCGUGUCUCACUUUGACAAGCCAAAAAGUGACGUGAAGCAGCCCUGCCUCGCCAAGCCCAUCGGCCUGGUGGAGGGCCCCGGGGGCCUGGGCCAGGGCGGCAUGGCGGCCACCCUGCAGGAGGACAGCCGGGAGACGGAGAGCAAGUACGAGGAAUACGGGUACAACGCGCAGCUCAGCGACCGCAUCUCCCUGGACAGGACCAUCCCGGACUACAGGCCCAAAAAGUGCCGACAGGUAACCCAUGCCGCCGACCUGCCCCAGAUCUCCGUGGUCUUCAUCUUUGUCAAUGAGGCCCUCUCCGUCAUCCUGCGCUCCGUGCACAGCGUGGUCAACCGCACGCCCUCGCGGCUCCUCAAGGAGGUCAUCCUGGUGGACGACAACAGUGACAGUGUGGAGCUCAAAGCCAGCCUGGAUCAGUACGUCAACAGGCGGUACCCGGGCCUGGUGAAGAUCGUCCGCAACAACCGCAGGGAAGGCUUGAUCCGGGCGCGGCUGCAGGGCUGGAAAGUGGCCACGGCCCCCGUGGUUGGCUUCUUCGACGCCCACGUGGAGUUCGGCACGGGCUGGGCUGAGCCCGUGCUCUCGCGGAUCCAGGAGGACCGCCGUCGCAUCGUGCUGCCGGCCAUCGACAACAUCAAGUACGACACGUUUGAGUUGCAGCAAUACGCUAGCGCGGCCCACGGCUACAACUGGGGCCUCUGGUGCAUGUACAUCAUCCCGCCCCAGGACUGGCUGGACCGUGGGGACGAGGCCGCGCCCAUCCGGACCCCCGCCAUGAUCGGCUGCUCAUUCGUGGUGGACCGGGAGUACUUUGGGGACAUUGGGCUGCUGGACCCGGGCAUGGAGGUGUACGGUGGCGAGAACAUCGAGCUGGGCAUGAGGGUGUGGCAGUGCGGCGGCAGCAUGGAGGUGCUGCCCUGCUCCCGCGUGGCCCACAUCGAGCGCACCAAGAAGCCCUACAACAACGACAUCGACUACUAUGCCAAGCGCAACGCCCUGCGGGCAGCCGAGGUGUGGAUGGACAGCUUCAAGUCCCACGUGUACAUGGCCUGGAACAUCCCCAUGACCAACCCAGGGGUGGACUUCGGGGACGUGUCCGAGCGGCUGGCCCUGCGCCAGCGGCUGAAAUGCCGCAGCUUCAAGUGGUACCUGGAGAACGUGUACCCGGAGAUGAGGACCUACAACGACACCCUCACGUACGGAGAGGUGAGAAACAGCAAAGCCAGCGGCUACUGCCUAGACCAGGGAGCAGAGGACGAUGACCGCGCCAUCCUCUAUCCUUGCCACGGGAUGUCCUCCCAGCUGGUGCGGUACAGCACAGACGGGCUGCUGCAGCUGGGCCCCCUGGGCUCCACCGCCUUCCUGCCCGACUCCAAGUGUCUGGUGGAUGAGGGCAGGACCCGCGCACCCGCCCUGAAGAAGUGCGAGGACGUGGCCCGGCCCGCGCAGCGCCUGUGGGACUUCACCCAGAGUGGUCCCAUCGUGAGCCGGGACACCGGUAGGUGCCUGGAGGUGGAAAUGUCCAAAGACGCCAACUUCGGGCUGCGGCUGGUGGUGCAGAGGUGUUCGGGGCAGAAGUGGACCAUCAGAAACUGGAUCAAGCACGGGCGGCACUGA